AUGAAUCUUCUUGUUAUACUAAUUGAUGCAUUGAAGAAAUGGUUACAAUCCCAAAACUGGUUUGUUGGACUAUGUUUCUUUUCAGGACUCUAUGUUGAUUUGGAGAUGGUUCUCGUACCACAAGUACAAUUUAAAUUUCCAUGGAACUACAUACUAUUGGUAUUUAAUUCGAUGAUUAUCUCGAUCCCAGCUUCAAGGCCACUUUCUGAAUUGAGAAUGGUAUGGAUUUCAAGUAGUUGGGUUAUUACAUUGGGAAUUAUAUUACUGACUACAAUAUUCGGCGGAUUAAAACGAUUCGAUAUACAAAGAUCUUUCAAUAUAUUCUUCAUAGCAAUCUUGAUUAUUUCUGGAUUUGGAAUGCUACUGACAAUCAUCUACGAAUCGGCAAUUGCAACUGAAGCAAUUUUUCCAGGUGAUAAACGAUUCGGUUUUCGAGAUGAUCAAUAUUUUCUAUUUGGAUUAGUACUUGCAACAAUAAUUGUUUGGAUGAAUAUGAUCAUUUCAAGUGAAAUAUCACUUAUAUGCACUGUAUUCAAUAAAACAAGCCAUUAUCCAGUUGAAAAACAUAAAGGAAGUUGUUUAACAGAAGUGAAUACUAACCAA